AUGGAAAAAAAAUUAAAAAAAAAUGAUAAUGAAAAUGAUUAUAAACAUAUAAUAUUACAAAUAGGUAGGAAAUAUACUUAUGUUGGAUUUUCUGGUUUACAUAAGCCUUUAUCAGUUAUAAAUACACCCGAUAUUUUUGUAUACAAUGAAAAGUUUCAUAAUUCUAAUGAAGAUAAUGAAAUUUAUGAAAUAAUAGAAGUUUUUUCAAAAACAAAAAAAAAAGAGAAUGAUAAAAAUAAUGACGAAAAACUUUUACAACUGAAUGAUAAAAAAGAAAAAGAAAAAUCAAAAAAGAAAAAUGAAAUUAAUGAUGAUGAUAGAGAUGAAGAGAAAAAAAUAAAAAAAGAAACAAAAAAAAAAGAAAAAAACUUAAUUUAUCAUUAUGAAUAUAAAUAUAGCCAAGAUCUUAAUUUAUGGAAUAUAUUUUUUGAAGAAUAUCUUUUUAAAAUAUUUCAUAAUUUAAUUAAAACAAACAUAAAAACAAAAAAGGUUAUAGUUGUUUUGAAUAUGUUUAUUCCUACUAUAAUUAAAUAUGCUCUUUGUAAAAGUUUAAUCGUAAAUUCAGAAAAUUCAUCUAUUUCAUAUAUUAAUGAUUUAAUAUCUCCUUUAUAUUUAUGUAAUUGCAAUACUUGUUUGGUUGUUGAUUUAGGUUAUUUAAAUUGCCGCUUAUUACCUGUAAUGAAUGGAUUACCUUUGUAUCAUUAUUGCACUUAUAUAAAUAAUGGUGGUUUUUAUAUAAAUAAAGAAAUUAAAAGAUUAUUAAAAGAGCAAUAUAUAAAAAGAGAUACUUUUAAAAAUGAAAAUUUACAUAAAAAAAUUGAUAACAUUAUUAAUGAUGAAUGUAAUAGCAAUAAAGAUGUAUUCAAUAAUAAUGAUUUAAAAAAUGAUAGUAAAUAUAUAAAAGAAGAAAUGAAGGAUGAAUCAGAUGAUUUUUUGAAUUACUAUUGGAAUUUAUAUACACAAGAAGAAAUUAUAAAUGUUAUUGAUAGUUUGUCUGAUAAUGAUAUAGAAAAUAUAAAAAUAAAAUAUUUUUAUUUAAAAAACGAUAAAAAUAAUUUUUUUAGUAAUAAGUAUAUUUUAUUUCAAUAUAAAAAAUAUGAAAUAAUAAUUGAGCCGGAAACUAGAUGGAAAGCUUGUGAGAUAUUAUUCCAUAAAAAUUAUGACCAGAAUUUGUAUUCUUUAUUCUCUAAUAUAUUAGAAAAAUUAAAUAUCAUGGAGACUUCUGUUUUUCAUAAUAUAUUAUUGGUUGGCGGAUGUAGUAACAUAAAAGGAAUUAUUUCAAAGAUCGCUGAAGUUGUUUUUCAAGUGUUAAAAGAAAAAAAUAAAUUAGCAGGAAAUUUUGAAAAUAAAGUGAACUUUCUUUUUCCAAAAAUAUCUCCUAAUUUACGCCAGUUUAUUGGAGCAUCAAUUUAUUCUAAUUUAGAAAACUUACCUGAAUAUACAGAAGAACAUAUUAACAAUAAUGUUUUGUAUGAUCAUCUCAAUGAAGAUGUUUAUAUGACUUUUAAACAAUGA